GUCGUCACUUAGUCACUAAUAUGGACUCGUGUUUCUUCUCAUUCAUACUUUUUACUUAGAGCAUUUCUUCCAUAAGUAUAAACAAAACUUGGAUUAGUAUAAGCGAUAAUUACUCUUAGUGUUUUCUGAUUUCCAUUGAGUAUUUACUUUACGAAUAAAUUCUUCAACUCGUCUACGAAGCACACACUCCAUUUCGCUCUCAUUCUCUUCCAAGCUCCCUUUCUCAUCAUUCUUUGCAAUGUCUGAACCGGGUUCCAAACCGGGUUUGGAGGUCAACGCUUUCUCCGAACCGGCGGGUUUGGAGGAGAGACUAGACUUAGAUAUCAGCCCUGGUUCUUGUAAACCGGUAUUAGAUGUGAGAUUCGACUUAGAUAUCAGCCCCGGUUCUUGUAAACCUGGAUUAGAUGUGAGAUUCUUCGACUUAGAGAUCAAAACAGAUUUCUCAAAACCGGGUUUGGACAAGAGAACCGGUUUCGAUUUCAAACCCAAUUUCUCAAAACCGGGUUUGGACAAGAGAACCGGCAUAGAAGUCAACAGGGAUUUCUCAAAAUCGGGUUUGGAAGAGAUAGUCGACUCUGAAAUCCUCACGGUAUUCUCAAAACCGGGUUUAGAUUGGAGAACAGAGUCAGAUAUCAUCAUGGAAUUCUCAAAACCGGGUUUAGAGGAGAGAACCGAGUCAGAAAACAUCACGGAUUUCUGCAAACCAGGAUUUGGCGUGUCUUGGGAACCCGGUUUAGAGUUGCCCAUGAGGAUCAAGAUGAUGAUGAAGUUGCAGAAAAGGAACAUGAAUAAAGAAUUGGAAGUAGUCUUGUUGACAAGCUCCAUAAGAGAAUCUAUCAUCAUCUUCUUUAAUCAGAAAAAUAGAGAAAUAGAGAGAAGAGAGAAAGUGAGAAAGAAGAAGAAGGAGAAGAAAGAUAGUUUGUGCGAAAGAGACGGGUUUGUGAGACCUUUAAAUUGA